AUGGAUUCAGAAAUUAGAGACUCAAAAGCACUUAAAUGCAAUCCUUUAUACCGAUUUUAUAACACUCUUGAAGGUGCACUAAUAGAAUUUAUUCGAAAUCAAGGACAAGCUUCACUGCAUAAGAUAAUCGAGCAUAUCGAAAACAAAAAGGAAAGGCUUAGGACAAUAUCUUCAAAAAAAUACAAGAAAGAGAGUGUUGAAGAAUUAGUGUUCCCAGUUCUGCUCGGCAAGUAG